UUUACUUUUCACGAACCACCGUCUCCUAAGCCACACUGCCACGUAAUAAUUUUAUUACCGUACUAUGUUGAAAGCCUAAAUGUGUGAUUCAGUUGAUUAUACUAUGAUUUAAUGACCUUAUUUUCAUGGGUAACUUUUCAAUUGUAUACAGUUUGUGAACAAACCAAGCAGAUACUUGAGCACGGUAUUGCAGCAAAUGUUGCAAAGAAGUUGAAACAGCCAAACAGUGAACAAAACAAAUCUGAAUUUGUUUCUGAUGUAGAAAGGCCAUCUUCAUCCAGUUAUGUUGCAUCUACAUCUGCUGUGGUUCAAUUACCUGAAGAAUAUAUGCCCCCGACUAAACGAAAGAGAAGCAGAGUAUUAUCUUUUGACAGGAUAUGGUGGACCACCCGAUGGUAUGUGGGAGAGUCCAAUGUUUUGUCAUCAGCAGCAACCCCCACCAUCAAGACAGUUGUUCCUGCUGCAGCAGCUGCUGCAGCUCAGAGCUCAGAUACUGGCUUACAAAUAUUUAGCGCAGAAUCAGCCGAUGCCCGAUUCAUUGAGAUCAGCGGUUCAGGGUAAACACCCAAUGAUGCAAAGCCUUGAAAGACCAUCCCCAGGUAGGCGUAUACUUUAAUUUGACUUCCUGU